AUGGAGUCGACACAGAAUCAGUCAGUCGCAACACAAGAGCUGGGCUUGACACUUCGGUAUGCGGAAAGCACCCGAGGUUCCCCCAGCGCCACCCAGUGGCUGCAAUACCAGCCGUUGAUGAAGAGACUUUACGUGAUAGAACGGCGUACACUGUGGGAUAUCAUGCAAACUAUGAGGAGAGAUUAUGGGUUUGAAGCAACUGCCAAAAUGUACAAGAGCAGGUUCAAGGCCUGGGGGUUUAGGAAAAACAUUAGGCUCCGGGCCGGGGAAGAUGAGGACCUCAUUCAAGUUCUACGUGAAAAAUCACAGCCAUCUGGCCAAUCCGGGUCACAGACCGGCAACUUUCUCUUACGCAACGGCCAGCUCGUCCCACAGGAUCGACUGGUGAAGCAUUUGCGCCGGCGAGGAGAGGGCGGGCUCAAUACUAACAAACACCCGACUACCAGGGCCAUAAGACCGCCCGACACGAUCCACAUUUCCGAAGCUUUGCUUUUUCAGGUCCGCAGUUACGUCCGCGGCACAUGGGAGGAGGCGGUUUCCACGGCGGAACAGCUUGACAACUUGCGAGAGGAGCGCCCAAACGCGCCCGCGUGCAACGCCCUUGCCCACGGCGUCAGGUACGCCCUCGAGCAAAAGAAUCUGAACAAUGCUCUGGUCCUAAUGCGUCGGGCCCCUGGCGUGCUAGCGGAAUUGAUGGCGCUGCGUACACCAAACACCUUGUACGUUUUGUUCAUGUCCCUAGCUUACUUCACCGCUGGGGGUCUCCUCAGUGGUCCUGAGGCUGCGCAGUUCUUGGUCGUGGUCAGGCAUCUCAUCAAAUAUGUCGCGGUGUUUGUUGCCAAGGACCAAGCCUUGCCCAGUACGCACCCCAUCCGGCAGAUGCUUGCAUUGCUCGCCAACGCAGACGAGAAGGAAAUCUACCAGCUGGCGACGAAAGCUUGGUUUGUCAACUGCCAGUCGUGGGACGGCCUGAUGGACAGCCCGCGGAGCACGUACGCUAUCGCAUCAUGGAUCAGCUACGGCGAGUUUAAUGGGUUCAAUGCAAUGCCAUCGAAUUUAGGAAAUAUCAUCGAACUGACGCUGGAACAAAAUGCAGCGAAAUAUGGAGAAUACCAUCGUCGAACCACACAUACACUGCAAAUGUACUCAAUGUACCUCACCUACCGCGACAGGGCUAACGGACGAGACCCUUACUUCAACAUGGAAAUCGUCAGUGUAUUCGAGGAUCUGCUGAGGCGAGGGCCCCAAGGACUUCUCAGAGCCGAUGCCCUCAGCUGGCUCGCUAAGGCGUCCAAGGCGCGCGGAGAUCGAGACUCAGCCGAGAGAUAUAUGCGCGACUUGAUCAACUUCUUGCUCGAAGAUGACAACCACAGAAACUCAUUGGCGAGGGGCUUCAUGAAUGAUCUGGAGUCGUGGUUCAUCGAGUGGGAAGAUACCCAGAAGGCUGCAGAGCUCGCGGAGUGGAGAGAGGAGGAACUUGGUUCUCAGCCAACAGCAUAA